ACAGCUGCUUCCAGGCUGUCAUUGACACAGGAGCAUGGCUCAGACCUGGGGUAACUUUUUCUUCUCUCUACUCGAUUACAAGACUGAGAAAUUUGUCAUCGCUAAAAACAAAAAGGUCGGAGUUCUGUUUAGACUCUUUCAGCUGACGGUGAUCGGAUAUCUGAUCGGGUGGGUUUUCAUUUGGAAGAAAGGAUACCAGGAGACUGAGGAAGCCAUCCAAAGUUCUGUGAUCACCAAACUUAAGGGUGUGGAUCUCACCAACAGCUCUCAGUUUGGUUUGCAGCUAUGGGGCGCAGAGGACUAUGUAAUUCCUCCACAAGGGGACAGAGUCUUCUUUGUAGUGACAAACUACCUAGUGACACCAAACCAAAGAUUAGGUUACUGUCCUGAGAGUCCUAAAGUGCCAGACGGUUUUUGUACAAAUGACAACGAAUGUGUGGAAGGGGAAUCUGUCUUAGCAGGACACGGAGUGAAGACAGGCCGCUGUCUGAAUGACACAGGGACAUGUGAGAUUAAUGCCUGGUGCCCUGUUGAGCAUGGCCACGCACCAGUGGAGCCUAUGCUGGCAAAGGCUGAAAACUUCACAGUCUAUGUAAAGAACUUCAUCAAGUUUCCAAAGUUCGGCUUCUUCAAAUCAAAUGUCCUGCCUAUCACCAACAGCACAUAUCUGAAGACAUGCCGAUACGACAAGGACCAUCAUCCCUACUGUCCCAUCUUUCUUGUGGGAGAUGUAAUUAACUGGACUGGAUACACUUUCCAGGAUUUGGCAACAAGGGGUGGUUCGAUUGGAAUUGGAAUUGAGUGGAAUUGUGAUUUGGAUAAAGAUGAAUCUCACUGUAACCCUGAAUACAGUUUCACACGCUUAGAUUCCUCUGAAAACUCACAGCACUCGGUCACCUCAGGCUACAACUUCAGAUUUGCUCGAUACUACAAUGAUGCAGCAGGACAGACCUAUCGGAAUCUAUUCAAAGUGUAUGGCAUUCGCUUUGAUAUACUAGUAAAUGGAAAGGCUGGGAGAUUCAGUAUUAUUCCUACUGUGAUCAAUAUUGGCUCUGGACUUGCAUUAAUGGGCGCUGGGGUUUUUGCCUGUGACAUGAUUCUCCUCUACAUGAUGAGCAAGAGCUCCUUUUACCGAGAGACUAAAUUUGAGGCAAUCAAAAAAAAGCAAUCAGAGAGAGAGAGCAGAGAGCAGAGAGAGAGAAAGCAUGCCCGGCACCAUCGUCAUCAUCAUCAUCAUCGGCAAGAUGGACGACAUCGGAGAGAAGAGAAGCCGACGGCAGAGAUGCAGCCCUUGACGUCAAUAUUGACUCAGGCCAAUAACAACCCAGAGACACAGACGCAGCCCAGCGCAGCCUCAGCUCUCAAACCCCACAGUCCCGAGAGAAAGCCACAGGCAACGGUGUCAUUCAGGACUCACACUACUGAAAAACACACCGUUUCCCCUGUUUCCACCUUGAGAGCAGCACGCCACCAGUAGUGCACUCAUCAUGCUCAAUGCUGUUGGAUUUACUAUGGAUGAAUGAAGUGAGUUAUUAUAGCAGGUCUAUCUUCAAUCCUACCAAUGAGGAAUAAUGCCAGUAUUGUUUGUUCUCAUUUACAGGUUUUGUUACAAAGAGAUGUUCAACUGUUUAAUGUAAAUCUGGCCAGACACCUAAAAAGCUCAAACCCAGGUUUAAUAAAUGUUAAAAUACUUGAAGAACAAUGCCUGGGCAACUGUGUUGUUUUCAACACUUAAGUUUAAAUGUUUGGCUCUGCUUUAACUAAAUUAAGAGUUGUAUUUUAUUCAUUAAACUGUGGUGACAAUAAAGACAUUUAGGCAUGGGCCGAUAUUAGAUUCUGACAGUAUGAUAACCUUGGAUAAAAUGAUCACAAUAUCAGGGUAUUGUGAUUACUGCUCUAAAAUAUAUUCUUUUUAAAUGUCUGAGUAAAAAACAAAAACUUUUUUCGCCCUUUGAACACAAUAGAUUUUAUUCUAAGAAACAUUUAAAAUAUUUUGGAGCAGUAAACAUGUCAGGCUAAACAAUUCAAAUGAAUCAUUGACUUCUGCUGUCUUUAUAAGUUUCAAAAACACAGAUUCUUUACAGUUUAAAACAGCAUCUUCAGAGAUUUUUCUGCUGGAGAUACUGUUGUCCUGAAAACCUUGUUAACCAGUUUUCCAAACUGCUGUAUUCCUUGAAAACAGUUAUCGUCUCAUGCCUAAAGACAUUUAUAAUGUUAUGGAGUAUUUCUAUUUAAAAAAAGUUUUCCACAAAAAGUACAUGGCUAACUUUUAACCCAUAAAUGCAACUGUGGCAUAAAACUUUCUUUCCCGAAUUGUAUAAAAUCUGACCGAUUUCAAA